UAAACGAUCUGGAUUUCCUCAACUAGACUCUCGAGGAUGGAUCCGUGUCUCAAAAACGCACGUUUAGUGGCGAACUGAACAAACAAACCCUUGAUCCGUCAUUGUAUUUGUAACCUCGAAUCGAAGGAGAAGACGUCCCUUUUGUUUCUGCGACUACUCUCCAAGUCCGGUUUUGGUCUUCUCUCCUCUCCUAUCUCACUCGCGAUUGCGUUUAUUCUUGUUUGGUGGAGGAUUUCGCCCACUGUUCUGGUGAAGGGGAAGACCUCGCUCACUUGGACUUAAACGGUGCCUGGAUCCUCAGAGUUCAGAAUACGUUUUCAAGCUAUUGAUAAAUGAAGCAUAUUGUGAAGAUUUUGACAUUGGUAAUGGCCAUUACUGCAUUAUGGGUUGGCCUUCUACAAACUUCUAUGAUUCCACGCAGCCAUACUUGGUUGUUACCCAUAUAUUUUGUUGUGUCUUUAGGAUGUUAUGGUCUUUUAAUGGUUGGAAUUGGUUUGAUGAAUUUUCCAACCUGUCCUCAAGAAGCUCUAUUGUUGCAGAAGGACAUUGUUGAGGCCAAGGAAUAUCUGAAACAAAAAGGAGUUGAUGUUAGUUCCAGCUGAUGCGGUCUCAAAUCUCGCAUGAUGUUCUGAAUUAGCUUAUGACAAUUACCUGAUUGGGAGUUGCGAAAGAUUUUUGGCUUUUAACUUCAUACACAAAAUACUGAUAUGGGAAUUGCUUUCGAUUUUGGCUUAAUGUACAUGAACUCUUUACUAUAAUCAAUGGAUAACUUUUUCUGUUGGUAGUUAUUUUUUA